CUCAUUAAACAACGGGCCUGUGUUUAACACGCCGUAUAGAUGAUAAUGCCGUAUUGAUGAAAUACUUCAAUGUUAUCAUUCAGUCUAGACAGAAAUGUAAGGAUAUGUAGAGAGAGGAAGAAAAUAUGUUGGGCGUCUUCAAAACUAUCACGCCAUUUGGUAGAAUGUGACAAAAGAUACAAAAUAAAAACUUUUAAAAAGAUCUUUAUCUUAAGAUAAAUAAAGCCGAGUUGUACAAAACCAUAAUAUAUACAGCGAGCAUACUGAUUAGAGCAGUAGUUCAAUUGCUUUCAACAGAUUUUCAAAUCAAAAGUAAAGAAAAGACAUGAAUGUGAAAUUCAUUUUAGUGUUUCUCUUUGGUGCUUGUGAAAUUGCGGACGGACAUAUCAUAAUAUAUAAUACAGACGGGAAACACGCAUCGCCGAAACAGGACUUAGAAAGUGAGAUUUUGGACGUAAGGGCGCAGCUGAUUAUUAUCAGCUCACAAGUAAAUGCAUUGAUCGAACGAGUGAACAGUUUGGAGUCUGCUGGAGCGAAAGCGACAGAAAUAACAACCGCAACAACAGCAAAAACAACAGCAACAACACAAACGGUAUCAAAAUGUCCUGACAGCUGGUCAACGUACAACGAUUCCUGUUACUUCAUUGACUCUAAAGAUGUUAAUUUUCAAACGGCCAAGAACAUGUGUAGCCAACAGCACGCCCAUUUGGUUCAUCUGGAAACACGAGAGGAAAAUGCAUUUCUAAAAAGUCUUCUUGAGAAACAUUUUAGUGAGGGCCUACUUUACUGGAUUGGCAUGACAGAUUCGGAGACAGAAGGUGUAUGGAAAAUGACCGGUACAGAUACCAUAAUUCCGUUCACAGACUGGAAAGGGAUUGAGCCAGAGAAUGCACUAACGCAUCCUACCGGACAGGACUGCGCCGCCUUUUAUCGCCCUUUAUCCUACAGCUGGGCAGAUAUUAAUUGUUUUAACAGACUUGCACGUGCUGUCUGUGAGAAAAAUGUAACCGUCCUCAACAUGGGUUAGCUUCAUUCAUGUCUGAAUUAACGAACACAUAUACAUGUACUUUUAAAAUUUAUUACAAAAGCAAUAUUUAUAUCU